GUUUAAGAUUAAUAUAAGGAGAAGACUGGUUGUUAGGAUCGAAUAUGAGGAAGGUGUGAGGAUGCAAGAGGUCAGUAAGUAUUGCAAGGGGAAAAUCAGACAAAUUUGCGUGAGCCCAACGGUCGCCGAAUUUAUUUGCAGACGCAUGAGAUUGGUAUGGACCGGGCCGAAGUCAAUCGGGCAGAUACUUCGUAACCAUCGUAUGAUGGCAAGGAAGGCGCAAAACGAGUGUCCUUGCCCGUGUCAACAAGCCGUUCUCCCGAAAGACAACAAGGGGCACAUUAGUUUCCGAUUCUCAGAACUAGACGGAGUUUCACAACUCAUGAAGAAUUCCAGAAACAUACCGGUACCAAGGAAACCGGACGGACGACGGCUGGCAACGCAACUGAACGAUGCUUUUGAAGCUUUCUUUCACAUGUCACACCCAAGCAAAGGGAAGGAGAUGACCCAGUGUUGGAAGGAGAACAAGAUAACACGAGGGAUACAAAUGUCACGCCCCUGCAAAGGGAAGGAGAUGACCGAGUGUUGGAAUGAGAAUGAGAUGACACAAGGAAUUCAAGUUCGCGAGGUAGCUGAUAUGAAGAAGAGACUACGGGGAAUGGUGAUCAUGCCAGUAGAUGAUAACCAUGGCAACACAAUGGUCUGCUGCCCAAGAACCUACGGGACCACCAUCGAGACUAUGUUCGUACAGAAUGGAGGUUUCAAGAACAUUAACGAGGAAGGAUACUACAAGGAAGGGUACCACACCAAAUGCAAGGAAGGAUACUACAAGGAAGGGUACCAUCGCAUCGCCAAAUGGAACAAUCAUGGAGAACUAGGAAAAGCGUACGUCAUUCCAAAGCACAACGACACGACCAGAUGGAGACCAAUCUGCCCGUCCUACAGCGAAGCAAGCGGGAGAAUGAGCAAGCUCACAGGCAAGGCAAUCAACCACCUAUUGUGGUCUCUACCCAAGCACUCGAACUUCAACUUGAAGAGUACGCGACARCUACUGGAAGCAGUGGAGGGCACGAACAAGUCAGUACARAAAGGUGAGAAGUGGGGAAUGUUAGCAGCAAGCUUCGAUAUCAAGGACAUGUUUGUGAAACUCCCCCACGGGGCAAUUAUGUCGGCAAUACACUGGGUCGUAGAUUUUUACGAGAACGAGGGAGUGAGUAGGGUCAGAGUCAAGCUCAAAGGGAAAGGUGCAACUUUUGGAAAGGCGGACGGAGAAGUAGGAUGGCAAUCCGUGUCCCUAAGAAACAUUGCAAAACGAUUGCAACAAGUUGUAGGUAUUYCGAUGGGAAAGAGUAGCAGCCCURCAAUCGCUUGUCUMUUGUGCGCAUUUUAUGAAUGCGKUUUUUUGUCUUCGCUCGGGAAAGAUCGUAGAUUGGUACAGGGAUGYAGACUGGUCGACGACGUUUCUGUUUUCGUAAGCUUCAGGAUCAACCACGAAAUGAGCCUAACGAGAGCCACUGAGAUCAUGCACCAGUUCCAGCAAUGUUACCACGAGGAUCUCACUCUGGUCCRGACGRACGAAGCGGCAGCCGCAUGGGUAUUUCUGGGAUGUACCAUGGAGGUGAGGAUGUACCCAUCGGAGRUGAGCUGCACGGCCAGAACGGCAAAUGGACCAAGUCUUCUCAGYGGUGGCCCACUAGUGUUCCAGGGAUUGCAAGAUUACAGAUCAUACACCGCCAGAAGUACCAAGAGGGCGGUCAUCACAGGGUGUUUAAGCAGGAUAUGGGACCACACCCUAGACAAGUCCACGGCGGGACCCACCCUCCUCGCAACGAAAAUAGAGUUAUGGAAAAGAGGUUUUCCCGCUCGCGCCUUCGACGACGAGCUCAAGAAAUUUUCGAAACGAAAGGAUGAUGUGUGGCAAAGAUGGACCGAGGUCUUGUGCGACUGGGACGAUUACCAGUAGAGACAGAGUUCUUUUGAAUUCGAAUUUGAAGGAAAGAUGGCCAUUUUCGAACUGGGUGGUACGAAGCAACGAUUGG